AUGGAAUGGGACCAACUGUUAGCUCCUCUAGUUUCCCAGCACAAUGGAAGCAAAGUUUUGGUAACUUCUCGACGGGAUACAUUUCCUUCUGCUCUUAACUGUGAAAAGGUGAUCCGUUUGGAAAGCAUGGAAGAUACUCAGUUCUUGGUACUCUUCAAAUACUAUGCCUUCACCGGAGCACAAAUCAGAGAUCUUCCCUUGCUUGAAAGGCUAGAAGAGAUUGCAGAGGAGAUAGUUAAAAGGCUUGGACAGUCUCCUUUGGCUGCAAAAGUUGUUGGUUCCCAGUUGAAAGGGAAAAUGAAUAUCUCUGCCUGGAAAGAGGCUCUGACUUUAAAGAUUGACAACUUAAGUGAGCCCAGAACAGCUCUGUUGUGGAGUUAUCAGAAGUUAGAUUCACGUCUGCAGAGGUGCUUUGUAUAUUGCAGCUUGUUUCCGAAAGGACACAAGUAUAAUAUUGAUGAGUUGGUUCACCUGCUGAUAGCUGAGGGGCUUGUUGAUCCAUGCAACCAGGACAAGAGAAUGGUAGAUGUUGGAAAGGAUUACCUCAAUGAGAUGGUUUCUGGGUCUUUCUUGCAACCAUUUUCUGAAAGAUUUCGGGCAACAUGCUACAUUAUGCAUGAUCUUCUUCAUGAUUUGGCAGAGUCGCUCUCUAAAGAAGACUGCUUCAGAUUAGAACAUGACAAGGUGACAGAAAUACCAUGCACCGUUCGUCAUCUGUCUGUUCGUGUUGAGAGUAUGAAACAACAUCAGCGCAGUAUCUGCAAGCUACAUCAUUUACGCACUGUUAUCUGCAUUGACCCACUUACAGAUGAUAUGAGUGAUCUUUUCCAUCAGGUACUGCAAAACUUGAAGAAGUUACGUGUACUCUAUUUGUGCUUCUACAAUAGUAACAAGCUGCCUGAAUCUGUUGGUGAGCUGAAGCACCUUCGGUAUUUAAACCUCAUUAGAACUUCCAUUGCCGAAUUGCCUCGAUCAUUAUGUGCUCUUUACCACCUACAGUUACUUCUGUUAAACCAUAAAGUUAAGAGUUUGCCUCACAAACUAUGGAAAUUAAGCAAGUUACGGCAUCUUGAAGGGUAUCAAGAUCUGGGAUACAGGAUGUAUGAAGUAGCUCUGCCUCAAAUCCCUUAUAUAGGCAAGCUAACUUUGCUCCAGCAUUUUAAAGAAUUUUGUGUGCAAAAACAGAAGGGAUGUGAGUUGCGGCAGCUCAGAGACAUGAAAGAGCUUGGUGGCAGUUUAAGAGUCAGAAAUCUCGAGAAUGUUACUGGAAAGGAUGAAGCCUUAGAGUCGAAGCUAUAUCAGAAAAGUCAUAUUGGAAGCUUGAAUCUUGUCUGGGGUUGCAAUAAUAGCAUGAAUGCAGAUGAUAGUUUACAGUUGGAGAUUCUAGAAGGCUUGAUGCCACCGCCUCAACUGAAAGGCCUGAAAAUCAAGGGUUACAAAUCUGACAUGUAUCCAAGUUGGCUACUUGAGGGUUUGCAUUUUGAGAAUUUGGAAUCUUUUAAGCUCGUCAAUUGCAGUGCGUUAGAAGGCCUGCCACUCAAUACUGAGCUCUUCAGGCAUUGCUCUGAACUGAAGCUCAAGAAUGUCUGGUCUCUGAAAACAUUAUCUUAUCUUCCAGCCGCCCUCAUGCACUUAACAAUUAGCAGUUGCCCACUGCUUAUGUUUAUUGCCAGUGAUGAGCUAGAACAGCAUGAUCAGAUGGAGAACAUCAUGAGAACAGACUACUUGGCAUCACAACUUGCUUCAUUGUGGGAAGUGGAUUCCAGAUCGCAUAUUAAGAGAGCAUUAUCGUCAGAACAUUCAUCUCUGAAGCAAAUGAUGACAUUAAUGGAUGCUGACAUGUCACAUCUUCAAACCAUUGCAAAUGCUGUAGAAAGAGAGACUGGUGAGUUAAUGCUGAAAGAUGAUAUCAUCAAGGCAUGGAUAUGUUGCCACGAGCAGAGGCUGAGAUUCAUUUAUGGAAGAAGCAUCAGCUUGCCCUUGGUUCCACCGUCUGGUCUUUGUCAACUUCAUCUUUCUUCAUGCAGUAUUACGGAUGGGGCAUUAGCUGUUUGCCUUGACGGUCUCACGUCACUGAGACGUUUGUCCUUGAUGGAGAUCAUGACUUUAACUACAUUUCCAUCGCAAGUGGUUCUUCAACAUUUGACAAAGCUCAACGACCUUUACAUUUCAUCCUGCUGGUGUUUCAGAUCAUUAGGGGGGUUACGAGCUGCUACCUCUCUUUCAGAUUUUCAAUUGUUUGACUGCCCUUCUUUAGACUUGGCACAUGGAGCAAAUUUUAUGCCAUUAUCUCUUGAGAAGCUCCGUAUACAGCGGUGCAUGGUUACAACUAAUUUCUUCAGUAGUGACUUGCCAUUCCUGCUGCAUCUUUCCAUGUUUGGGUGCAGAAGCUCUGCAUCCUUGUCGAUUGGUCACCUGACCUCCCUUGAAUCACUAUCACUAGGAGGUAUCCCUGAUCUGUGCUUUCUUGAAGGACUGUCUUCCCUGCAACUUCGCCAUGUACAUUUGACAGACGUCCCAAAGCUUGACGCGAAGUGCAUUUCACAAUUCCGGGUCCAAAAAUCACUAUAUGUUAGCAGCCUUGCGAUGCUCAACCACAUGCUCUCGGCUGAAGGUUUUACAGUUCCACCAUUUCUGUCUUUCCAAGGAUGCAAGGAGUCAUCCGUUUCAUUUGAAGAAUCAACAGAUUUCAGAUCUGUCAAGUGCCUGAGGUUAAGUUAUUGCGAAAUGAGUUCCCUGCCAAGAAAUCUGAAGUGCUUCUCCAACUUGACAAAACUGGAAAUCCACAUGUGUCCCAAUAUAUCAUCUUUACCAGAUCUGCCAUCCUCCCUCCAGCACAUAGUCUUGUGGAACUCUAAAGUCUUGCAGAAGAACUGCAGAGCACCUGAUGGAGCAAGUUGGCCAAAGAUUGAGCAUAUCCGCUGGAAGGAAUUCACAGAAUUUCCAGAUUCAUAA